AUGGUAUCAGUGCUAAACACCAUUGACACCGGUCACGAAGACAUGAUCCACUGUGCCGAUGUGGACUAUUACGGGUUGCGGCUGGCCACUUGUUCAUCGGAUAAUUUAGUCAAAAUAUUCGACAUCAAAAACGGUGCGCAAACACUCGCCGCCGACCUGAAGGGCCACGGUGGACCGGUGUGGCAAGUCGCUUGGGGCCAUCCCCGGUAUGGCAACGUGCUAGCUUCAUGCUCGUACGACCGCAAGGUGAUCGUGUGGAAGGAAGCCGGCCCGGGCGACUGGACCAAAUGGUACGAGUACAGCAAUCACGAUUCCUCCGUAAAUUCCGUGGCCUGGGCACCGGCCGAGUAUGGACUGGUGCUGGCGUGCGGCAGCUCGGACGGUUCGAUUUCAAUCCUUACGGCGAACGUGGAGGCCGGAACGUGGGAUUGCAAGAAGAUCCCCAACGCGCACACGAUAGGCUGCAACACGGUCAGCUGGUGUCCGGCAACCGUCCCAGAACCAGCCUUCGACCAGCGUCCCAGCAAGGCGAACGUUUCCGUGAAGCGGCUUGUAUCGGGUGGUUGCGAUAAUGCCGUUAAAAUCUGGAAAGAGGAAGGCGACCGCUGGGAGGAAGAGAAACGGCUCGAACUACACUCGGACUGGGUGCGGGAUGUUGCGUGGGCCCCGAGCAUCGGCAUGCCGAGACAUCAAGUGGCCAGCUGCUCACAGGACCGACGUGUUGUGAUUUGGACGAGCGACGAUCUCGUCAGCUGGCAACCGACCGUUCUGCAUAACUUUGAUGAUGUCGUGUGGAACGUAAGCUGGUCGCUGACCGGCAACAUUCUGGGAGUGUCCGGCGGAGAUAACAAAGUCAGCCUUUGGAAGGAGACCAACGAGGGCCAGUGGAUAUGCAUCAGUGAAGAUACCAAUAGCGCAGCCGGGGCAGGACAGAACAAUUUCAUACCGGAACAGAGAACACUCUAGACAUCUAGACGCAAUGCAUCGGGGCGGUAUGAAUAUAUCAUUUUGGUUGGCUUGUAUUCCAUUAUUUCUGUAUAAUCAAUAAAGUA